AUGGCUUUCCGCUACGCCGCAUGUUUCCUCCUCACCAUCGCCUUCAUAAUUAUCCUAAGUCCUGUCUUCGCAUUUAAGUCCUCCCUAUGCACGCGUGGAUUGUCUUCCUACGUCGCAGUCGGGCGCCUGUGUCCAAAGAGCAGCAUUACCAGUCUGAGCAACGGCAAUGGAAGGCGACCUCCCUUCCCUCCCUCCAGAACUAUCUUUCCACCACUCUUUGCAUCCGACAGCGGGAACAGCGGAGAAGGAAAAGAAGAAGAGGAGGGAGGUGCGGAAGAAGGAAGCUUGUUGGACAAGGCCAAAUCCUUUUUUUCGGACCCGGAAAAUCGGAAGGAUACUACGCUCUUCGUCACCUCCUUCCUCAUCUCCUUAGGGAUCAGGGCUUUCAUUGUCGAGCCCCGCUACAUUCCAUCCCUGAGCAUGUACCCUACCUUCCUGGUGGGUGACCAAUUGGCCGUGGAGAAAGUGACCAAGACAUACAAAAACUACGAACGGGGGGACGUGGUAGUGUUCAAUCCCACGCAAGGCUAUCAAGAAUAUGUGAGCCGAGACCCGUACAUCACAGACAAAAGCCGCAUUAACGAGGCCUUGAUCAAGCGUAUCAUUGCGAAAGGCGGGGACGUGGUCGAGGUGAAAGACGGACAACUCUUUGUGAACGGCGUGGCGCAAGAGGAGAAGUACAUUGCGGAGGGCCCGGCCUAUGUCUGGGGUCCGCGACGGGUCCCGGAUGGGAUGUACAUGGUGCUGGGGGACAACAGAAAUCAUUCGUUGGACUCGCACAUCUGGGGCUUUCUGCCCAAGGAGAACAUUAUUGGCCGGGCGAUCUGUAAGUAUUGGCCACCCUGGCGGUUGGGGUUGGUGGAAGGGCCGCUCAGCUCUUGA